AUGGCCAAAAGCAAGGUAGCACCGGUCAAACAAGUGACCUUGCCGAGGCUGGAGUUGUGCGCCGCCACGCUACUCACCAAUUUGAUGCGACAUGUCAAACAAACGCUCGACCUGGCAACAUCAGACACAUACUUAUGGUCUGAUUCAACAGUGACCCUCCAGUGGAUUCGCGGUCACUCCUCACGCUGGAAGACUUUUGUCGCCAAUCGAGUCGCUCACAUCCAGACGCAGCUGCCUAAUGCACAAUGGAGACACGUAGCUGGUCACGACAACCCUGCGGACUGUGCAUCAAGGGGUAUUAAUCCAAGCGAACUGAUCAAUCACGCUCUAUGGUGGACAGGACCUACCUGGUUAUCACAGAACGAAUCGGCCUGGCCAAACUCCGAGAUGGAGAUCCGAGGAGACGACGUGCCAGAAAGGAAAGCCACGAGCCUGAUGACUGUGAACCGGGUCAUCAUCGAGCCAGAAAUCCUGCUCCGCUUCUCAUCACUGCAUCGCCUGCUACGGAUAUCCGCAUGGUGCCGUCGCUGGCUGCGCGCUUCCGAGCCGACUCACACUGCUGGAUUAACGUUGAGUCCGGAGGAACUUGACAUGACACUCUUUCGUUGGCUUCGAGAAGUGCAGACACUGCACUUCACGGACGAGAUCACCGCAGUCGCAGCUGGACGCUCCGUCGCACCAAGCAGCACAUUAGCCAAGCUGACUCCGUUCCUCGACGACCAUGGUGUUCUGAGAGUGGGAGGUCGGCUUAAGAACGCCCUGCUGACACAGGAUGAGAGGCAUCCGAUGAUCAUUCCAACCUCGUCGUGGCUGACUCGUCUGCUGGUGGAAUCCUGUCACCGUCGGACGCUGCAUGGAGGAGUGCAACUCACCCUGGGGCUGCUUCGACUGCGCUUCUGGAUUCCACGAGGACGCACAGUCGUAAAACAAUAA